AUGAAUAGAGGUGAUAUAUUUGCAAAAGAAUUUGAUACAGAUCCAGAUGUUUCAACAGAUUCAAAUUAUAAUAAUAAUAAUAAUAGUAAUAAUAAUAAUAGUAUAAUUUCAAAUAGUAAUAAUAAUAAUAAUAAUAAUAAUAAUAAUGUGGACGAUACAGAUAUUGAAAAACAUUUAUAUAAAGUACUUUUAAUUGGUGAUUAUGCAGUUGGUAAGUCAUCAAUUAUUAAACGAUAUUGUACUGGUAUUUUCUCACCAAAUUAUAAAUUAACAAUUGGUGUAGAUUUCUCAGUUAAAGAUAUUGAAUGGGAGAAAAAUAAAAUAGUUAGUUUACAACUUUGGGAUAUUGCUGGUCAUGAAAGAUUUGGAACUAUGACUAGAGUGUAUUAUAGAUAUGCAAUUGCAGCAAUUAUAGUUUUUGAUUUAUCAAGACCAUCAACAUUUGAUGCAGUUACAAAAUGGAGAGAGGAUGUUAAUAGCAAAGUAGUAUUAGCAAAUCAAGAACCAAUACCAGUAUUAUUAUUAGCAAAUAAAAGUGAUUUAUCAACAUCCUAUGUCGAUAGUGAGAUGUUGGAUAGAUUUUGUAAAGAGAAUAAUUUCAUUGGUUGGUUUGCGACUUCUGCUUCAAAUGAUACAAACAUUAAUGAAGCAAUGCACUUUUUAACAAAAGAGAUUUUAGAAGUUGCUAAAACUAAUCAUCCACCAAAACCUGAAGAAGAUACAUUAGAACUUACAAAAACAAAUGGUGAGAAAUCUGAUGAUUCAAAAUCAUGUUGUAAAUAA